AUGGUAAUUGGGCGAUCUGCACCGCGAUAUGAAAAACUUGCUCUUUUAUACCCCCGCUCCAAGGAGCUACAGUCCUUUCUCAUCGAAUACUUCGUGGUCGUUGUACGACUUUGUCAUCGGAUCCUCAAAUUUACACAGAAAUCUGCGCUAGGCAAGUUUGGGGCUACUUUAAAUGAUUCCGACCUGAUUAACUUUCAAACUCAACUCGAAUCUCGAUCGAGGGAUAUCAAAGAUGAGGUUGCCUAUCUUAUGGCUCAGAGAAUAGAAGAGCAAGCUAGCUUUACUACACAGCUGUGGUCGAGGAAGUAUUCAAAAGAGGUGGCCCACCAGCGCCAAAUGAAGGCUUAUUUCGGAGCAUUGGAAUUCUGCUCAACAUACGAUUACAUGUCUCCAUGGAAGCAGGCGCGCCGACUUGGCAAGACGACUUUAUUCCAUGAAUGUCUAAAUUAUUUGACAUGGCGCGAGAGGGCCUACUCAUGUUCCCUGAUCCUCACGGGAAGGCUUGGAUCAGGGAAAUCUGUAUUGCUGGCAAAUAUGGUUGAUGACCUCAACCUACAUCAUCGUGGUCAGAAUAUGACAGUGGCCUUUUCGUUCUGUCGCCACGAUCUACCUGAAAGCUUGAAGCCACGGAUAAUCAUUGGCUCUAUCGCGCGUCAGCUAAUAUGGUCAAUGCCUGGACUAGCCGAGCGAGUCAACGGCUAUAAUCUUAAGGGACAACAGGAUGAAUUUGAAGCUAUCCGCAACCUCCUUGGAGCUUUACUACCACCAGGCUUCAAGGCAUACCUGGUUAUUGAUGGGUUGGAUGAAUGUGAACCGGAAGACCGAAGAACAGUGAUACAGGAAAUUCGAUGGCUUCAACAAAGAUUUUCAUUGCUUCUCUGUGCUUCUGUUCGGAAGGAACCACGCGACCCUUACAGAAUUGAUGACGCGUGGGAAAAGUUCGAAUCCGUUGAUAUUACGGCAAUACCAGACAACGCCAGCGAUAUUGAGAUAUUCAUUGAAACAGAACUAGAAUCUCGUAUCACCUCUGGAAAGCUGACGAUCGGAAACCCCAUUCUUGUUCUGGAGAUCCAGGAUGCUUUGCUGAAAGGUUCUCAAGGAAUGUUCCUUUGGGUUGCACUUCAGAUUGAUAACCUCUGCACAAUGUGCACAGAUGAGGCUAUCCGGCAAGCGUUGGCGGACCUCCCGCAAACCCUCUCUGAAACCUUCGAUCGCAUUCUGCGAAAGUUCGACUCAACCUUGGCUCGGUCAUAUCAGAACUCAAUAUUGGAAAUCAUAGUUGCGGCCCGCUAUCCCCUGACACCGGAGGAACUACGGGAGGCUCUCGGCGUGAUUCCCGGCGACACUACAUGGGAUGAAUCUCGACUUGUGAAUGACAUAUUUGGCAUUUUGACAUGUUGUGGAAGCUUAUUAACAAUCGAUGAAGAAGAAAAGACCGUUCGGCUUGUUCAUAGCAGCGUUCGGCAAUUUCUAGUCGACUCCGACUCUGGCGGUGCAGCGGCACGAUUUACACUCUACAGCGUUCAAAAGAAGAUGGCUGAUAUCAUUACCACCUAUCUCAAUUAUGACAUUUUUGAACGUCAAAUAUCAACCACAGUCAAGUCCAACGUCGAAGUCAACUCGACACCUGCGAGGAUCUUGGACUCAAAUUUUGAAGUUCCUACGGUUGUGCGGGACAUCGCUGUGAACCUCUUGAAAUUACGAAGGGUGCCAGGUUUUAAUAUGGGGAAAACCUUGGAACAACUCCGCGCUCGACCUCGAACUUCCGCCGCUAACCCUUUAAAACUUCUUGCAUAUGCAAAAUUCAACUGUCUGUUCCAUAUCACGUGUGUCCUGGAAUCAAGAGAGUCUCAUGAGGUCGAUGCUUCAUUUCUCCGGUUGCUUAAUGGCACAAUGGUAGACAUAAAUACCAGUGACGGACAAAGACUGCUCCUUUCAGCUUCUGGAAAGGGGAGCGAGGCAGUUGUCAAAAUCCUCCUGCACUCUAGCCAACUAAACCCAAAUUCAACCGAUCUCUCUGGACAAACACCAUUAUUUCUUGCAGCUGCUUUCGGUCAUGACACGGUAGUCAAACUCUUACUCAGUGUCAGGUCCAUUGACCCCAAUAUCAAGAGCAAGAAGAUUCAAACACCGCUGCACAUUGCGAUUGAGAAAGGUCAUAACAACACAGCUCAAAUUUUAAUCGAAUCGGGACGAGUGAAUAUCAACGCCAAAGAUCAUUCCGAUAGGACGCCACUGCACAUCGCGCUUCAAUCACUUCAUACCGAUCCUGUUGCAAAAAUACUCCUCCAAUCUCCAUCUAUCCUUCCCGAUGAACAGGAUUGCCAGGGUAGAACACCUCUCCAAAACGCCCUUGAAGGAGGCAAUGUGGCCGUUGCAAAGAUUCUCCUCGCAAGCAAAAAAGUGAAAACAAACACUAAAGACGAAAACGGGCGAUCUCCCCUCCAUCUCGCAGUCAAAUUCGACCUUACAGGCGAGAUCGUCCAAACCCUCCUCGAAUUCGAGUCCACAGACCCAGAUGCAGAAGAUGAGAAAAAGGUCACACCCUUGCACCAAGCUGUGAAAAGCAGCAAUCUAUCAGCCAUGAAAAUCCUUCUCGAAUCAGGAAGACUCAAUCCUCCUUUUCGGGUAAAUGGCAGACACCUAAAUCCAAAUAGAUGGACUGUAAUGCAUGCGGUUGCACAACACGGCGAUGAAGAAAUGACCAAACUGCUCCUCAGCUAUGAUCAAGUGGAUGCGAACGCACGAGACUACGACGGGAAGACACCAUUACAUUAUGGCUCAUCAGCUGAUAACGUGAUUUUUGUGCGAUGUAUGCUUGGAUCUGAUAAGGUCCUCGCAAAUGCGAAAGAUGAUUUGGGAAGAACGCCGCUUCAUAUUGCUUUCAUGCAUAAUAGUCGUGCUGUUGCGGAUCUGCUGCUAUCGUGUGAGAAGGUGCAGUGUGAUGUUAAUGAAAAAGAUAACGAGGGACUCUCGCCGCUUGAUUACGUUGAUUUGCUUCAGAAUUUGACGAUGGGGAAUUCUUCUUCGUCGGGUAAAGAGCUGACUAUCUCUGUUAGGAGGGCGAGAGAGUUGAGGGAGUUGAGAGAAGUGAGGAAACAGGUGGGAGAUUAUGGAUUGUAG